GGUGGGAGGAGGAGUGACGGUCCUGGGAGAAGGGCGGGGGGCGGGGCCGGGGGCCACUUAAGGCGGAGCCUGGGAGUUCUGGCAGCGCUGGAGCCGGGCAGUAGAGCCAGGCUGGGCUGGCACUCACCCACGACCCCCCUUCCCUGCUAUGAUGGCCCAUCAGUAGCAAGUUCCAGACCCCCUGGGGGCAUGUAGGCCGAGCUAGCGGCAGCCAGGUGCGCAGAACCACUAGAGCUCUAGGGCACUCUGGGGGCAGCUCUGCCUGUGGGGCUCUCUGGUGCUUAGGGAAAUGCCCAACUGACGGGCGAACUAGUGAGGACAAGAACGUUCCCUUUGGCCUGAGUCGUUUGCAUCCAUGGCGCUGCCGGCCAGGCUGGUGCCCCUGUGCUUCUUGGCACUUCUGGCUCUGCCCGCCCAGAGCUGCGGGCCGGGCCGGGGACCGGUUGGCCGGCGCCGCUACGUGCGCAAGCAGCUCGUGCCGUUGCUCUACAAGCAAUUUGUGCCCAGCAUGCCCGAGCGGACCCUAGGCGCCAGUGGGCCGGCCGAGGGGAGAGUGGCAAGAGGCUCUGAGCGCUUCCGGGACCUGGUGCCCAACUACAACCCAGACAUCAUCUUCAAGGAUGAGGAGAACAGUGGUGCAGACCGCCUGAUGACCGAGCGCUGUAAGGAGCGGGUGAACGCGCUGGCCAUUGCCGUGAUGAACAUGUGGCCCGGAGUGCGCCUACGGGUGACCGAGGGUUGGGAUGAAGACGGCCACCAUGCUCAGGACUCACUUCACUACGAAGGUCGUGCCUUGGACAUCACCACGUCCGACCGCGACCGCAACAAGUAUGGGUUGCUAGCGCGGCUGGCAGUGGAAGCCGGCUUCGACUGGGUCUUCUACGAGUCCCGCAACCACGUCCACGUGUCGGUCAAAGCCGAUAACUCACUGGCGGUCAGGGCAGGCGGCUGCUUUCCGGGAAAUGCCACCGUGCGCCUACGGAGCGGGGAACGGAAGGGCCUGCGGGAACUGCACCGCGGAGACUGGGUGUUGGCAGCAGACGCGGCAGGCCGGGUGGUGCCCACGCCCGUGCUGCUCUUCCUGGACCGGGACUUGCAGCGCAGGGCCUCCUUCGUGGCUGUGGAGACCGAGCGGCCCCCGCGCAAGCUGUUGCUCACGCCCUGGCACCUGGUGUUUGCCGCUCGAGGGCCAGCGCCCGCCCCAGGCGACUUUGCACCGGUAUUCGCGCGCCGGCUGCGGGCGGGGGACUCGGUGCUGGCGCCCGGCGGGGACGCGCUUCGGCCCGCGCGCGUAGCUCGCGUGGCGCGGGAGGAAGCAGUUGGCGUGUUCGCGCCGCUCACAGCACACGGGACGCUGCUGGUCAACGACGUCCUGGCCUCGUGCUACGCGGUCCUGGAGAGUCAUCAGUGGGCGCACCGCGCUUUCGCUCCUUUGCGUCUGCUACACGCUUUGGGGGCGCUGCUUCCAGGCGGGGCCGUCCAGCCGACUGGCAUGCACUGGUACUCUCGGUUCCUCUAUCGCUUGGCGGAGGAGCUGCUGGGCUGAGCGCAGCGGACACAGAAACCAAGAGGCGCCUGCUGAAACCGGGGUGUUCGGGCUGAGAUUUGGGGAUGUGGGCAGCAGACAAUGCUGACUGGGAGGGGAGGAGGGGUAAGGAAAAAAUGGAGGCGAGACUGGACUGCUUGGUUUAGGGGCAACCUCCAACUUAGAGGAGAUCCCUGGUCCUAGGUAGAUGGGGUUGAUGGUGGGUACUCCUUGAUGAGGACAAUUUCACCUCUUCCUGAAUGCCUUGGCCUCACCCGAUUAUUUUAUUUUAUUUUAUUUUAUUUUAUAUUUAUAAAAUGUAAUAUAAUGAUCUGCUUGCCCCACCUGGCAAGGUAAGGGGCCAGGGCAUGGCGUUAACACUGUCUGACACAGCCAGCCAAUCUGACGUCUGACAUUUUCCUACAGGUGGGCUAAUAAAGGGAAGGCUUGCAGGAGCUUAUUGGAAAA